AUGUGCGUGCUUGAGCGCCGAUUGCCACCAUUUGAGCGUUUGAAGCUGGCUGAAAUCGUGCCGGCAGUCACUAACGCCGCCACUGAUUUCAAACAUGAUAUCCACAAGCUGGAAAAAAAUCUCUGCAAUACCAGUAAGAGCUUGCACUUUAACGAUGUAGUUGAUGCUCUGGAGGUUCAAAGUGAUGCGUUGAAUCGCAUGUGGGGUAUCGUGGGUCACCUUAUGAGCGUGCGAAACUCCGAGGAGCUGCGCACUAUACACGACCAGCUGCAACACGUGGUGAUUCAGACACUUACCGAAGCUUCACAGAGCAAGACAAUUUACAAUGCGUAUCAGACAUUGCGUUCCAGUAAUGAAUGGAGCAAGCUUAAUGUGCCACAGCAGCGCAUCAUUGAAUUAAGUAUUCGUAGUGCAACGCUCAAUGGCGUCGGGUUAGACGGUGAAGACAAGAAUCAGUUUAACAAGCUCAAGCUACGUGCUGCAGCAUUGAGUACCAAAUUCUCAUCGAAUCUGCUUGAUGCUACCAAGGCAUUUUCCAUCAUUAUUACUGAUAAAAAUGAAAUAGAGGGUUUACCUCGUUCGCUACUUGAGAUGUUUGCACAAAGCGCCCAGGACGAUGGCCAUGUUGAUGCGUCGGCUAACGAUGGACCAUGGCGUGUGACUUUGGAUCCACCGUCAUUUGUGCAAUUCAUGAAAUAUUCGGCGAAGCGAUCGUUGCGGGAAACACUUUACCGGGCGUAUGUUACUCGAGCCAGUGGCGAUUUGUUCGACAACGAAAGAAUUAUUGUUGAACUGCUUGAGAUUCGUCAACAAAUUGCCAAGCUGCUUGGAUUCAAUUCGUUUGCCGAAUUGAGUAUUGCAAAAAAAAUGGCACCAAGUGUUGAAGCGGUUGAAAAGAUGCAUCGCGAUCUGCGCGAAAAGUGUGUUAGAAUUGCUCACGACGAGGUAGAGACUGUUGCAAAUUACGCAAAGCAACACGGACAGUCGGAGACUUUGGCUCCGUGGGAUCUUAGUUUCUGGUCAGAAAAGCUGAAAAGUGAGAAGUACCAGUUUACUGAUGAAGAAGUCAAGCCAUAUUUUCCUCUGGAGCGCGUACUUGACGGUCUUUUUUCGCUAACGUCGCGGCUGUUUGCUGUAACUAUUGAGGCUGCGGAUGGCCAAGCUGAAGUCUGGAACGCUGACACCCUUAUUCGCGCCCGAACGAGAAGAAUGGUGGCGCUUGGAUGA